CCAGCUGCAGGGUGUGGGUGUGAGUCCAGCCCAUAUCGGCUUCAGCUACCUGACCAUGGAGUCGGACAAGUUCAUCUGCGUGCGGGAGAAGGUCGGCGAGCAGAACCAGGUGGUCAUCAUCGACCUGGCCGACCCAACAAACCCCAUCCGUCGGCCCAUCACGGCCGACAGCGCCAUCAUGAACCCCGCCAGCAAGGUCAUCGCCCUUAAAGAUGCCUCACGCACACUCCAGAUCUUCAACAUGGAGAUGAAGAGCAAGAUGAAGGCCCACACGAUGACGGACGAUGUCAUGUUCUGGAAGUGGAUCUCCGUCAACACCAUUGGUCUGGUGACCGACACGGCCGUCUACCAUUGGAGCAUGGAGGGGGACUCUCAGCCAAUCAAAAUGUUCGACCGGCACGCAAGCCUGGCCGGUUGUCAGAUUAUAAACUACAGGACAGACGAACAGCAGAAAUGGCUUCUCCUCAUAGGCAUCUCAGCACAGCAAAACCGAGUGGUGGGGGCGAUGCAGCUGUACUCCGUGGACAGGAAGGUGUCACAGCCCAUCGAGGGCCACGCCGCAGCCUUCGGCCAGUUCACCGUGGAGGGGAACCCCAACUCCUCCACCCUCUUCUGCUUCUCCGUCAGGGGCGCGGCUGGGGGAAAGCUGCAUAUCAUAGAGGUGGGUCAGCCUGCUGCAGGUAACCAGCCCUUCACUAAGAAAGCAGUGGAUGUCUUCUUUCCUCCUGAGGCUCAGACAGACUUUCCCGUUGCCAUGCAGAUUGGUGCUAAAUAUGGCGUCAUCUACCUCAUCACCAAGUACGGCUACAUCCACCUGUAUGACAUCGAGACGGGGGUGUGUAUUUACAUGAACCGCAUCAGCGCUGAGACCAUCUUUGUUACGGCUGCCCACGAGAGCACAUCCGGCAUCAUAGGGGUCAACAAGAAAGGACAGGUCCUGUCAGUGUGUGUAGAGGAGGAGAAUAUCGUGAACUAUGCCACUAACGUGCUGCAGAAUGCGGACCUGGCUCUGAGGCUGGCCGUGAGGAGCAACCUGCCCGGAGCCGAGGAGCUCUUCACACGCAAGUUCAACACGCUCUUCAGCCAGGGCAGCUACACAGAGGCCGCCAAGGUUGCUGCUUCUGCUCCUAAGGGGGUUCUGCGUACGGCGGACACCAUUCGUCAGUUCCAGAGUGUGUCUGCGGCCCCUGGCCAGGCCUCCCCCCUGCUGCAGUACUUUGGGGUGCUGUUGGACCAGGGCCAGCUCAACGCCCUGGAGGCUCUGGAGCUCUGCAGACCCGUCCUGCAGCAGGGACGCAAACAGCUGCUGGAGAAGUGGCUUAAAGCUGAGAAGUUGGAAUGCUCCGAGGAGCUCGGGGAUCUGGUGAAGCCGGUGGACCCUACCCUGGCUUUGAGCGUCUAUCUGCGGGCCAACGUCCCAAACAAAGUCAUCCAGUGCUUCGCCGAGACUGGACAGUUCCAGAAGAUCGUGCUCUAUGCAAAGAAGAUGGGUUAUACUCCUGAUUGGAUCUCUCUUCUGAGGAGUGUGAUGAGGGCGGGCCCAGAUCAGGGCUUGCAGUUUGCCCAGAUGUUGGUGCAGGACGAGGAGCCCCUGGCCAACAUCAACCAGAUUGUGGACGUGUUCAUGGAGGGCAGUCUGGUACAGCAGUGUACUUCAUUCCUAUUGGACGCCCUCAAGAGCAACAAGCCAGAGGAGGGGCAUCUACAGACACGCCUCCUGGAGAUGAACCUCAUGCACGCCCCUCAGGUUGCAGAUGCUAUCCUGGGCAACCAAAUGUUCACACACUAUGACCGCACACACAUCGCUCAGCUGUGUGAGAAGGCAGGGCUGCUACAGAGAGCUCUGGAGCACUACACCGACCUGUUUGACUUCAAGAGAACCAUCGUACACACACACCUGCUCAACCCAGAGUGGCUGGUGAACUUCUUUGGCGCCCUGUCAGUGGAGGACUCGGUGGAGUGUCUGCGGGCGAUGCUCUCUGCCAACCUCAGGCAGAACCUCCAGCUGGCCGUCCAGGUGGCGUCCAAAUACCACGAGCAGCUGGGCAUACACACGCUGCUCGAGCUCUUUGAGUCCUUCAAGAGCUAUGAGGGCCUGUUUUACUUCCUGGGUUCCAUCGUGAACUUCAGCCAGGACCCAGACGUCCACUACAAGUACAUCCAGGCGGCCUGUAAGACGGGCCAGAUCCAAGAGGUGGAGCGCAUCUGCAGAGAGAGCAACUGCUACGACCCUGAGCGGGUGAAGAACUUCCUCAAGGAAGCUAAGCUAACGGAUCAGCUGCCUCUUAUCGUAGUGUGUGAUCGCUUUGACUUUGUCCAUGACCUGGUCCUGUACCUCUACCGCAACAGCCUGCAGAAGUACAUCGAGAUCUACGUGCAGAAGGUAAACCCCAGCCGGCUGCCUGUGGUGUUGGGUGGUCUGCUGGACGUGGACUGCUCUGAAGACGUGAUGAAAAACCUCCUCAUGUCCGUCAAGGGCCCCUUCAGCACCGACGACCUGGUGGCCGAGGUGGAGAAGAGGAACAGACUGAAGCUCCUCCUCCCUUGGCUGGAGUCCCGCCUUUCAGAGGGCUCCGAGGAGCCGGCUACCCACAAUGCCGUGGCCAAGAUCUACAUCGACAGUAACAACAACCCGGAGCGGUUCCUGCGGGAGAACCUGUUCUAUGACAGUGUAGUGGUGGGCCGGUACUGCCAGAAGAGGGAUCCACACCUGGCCUUCGUGGCCUACGAAAGGGGACAGUGUGACCAGGAGCUCAUCAAGGUGUGCAACGAGAACUCGCUCUUCAAGAGUGAAUCGCGUUACCUGGUGCGGCGGAAGGACGCGGAGCUCUGGGCUGGUGUGCUGGAGGAAGACAACCCUUUCAGGCGGCAGCUGAUCGACCAGGUGGUACAGACAGCCCUUCCUGAGACACAGGACCCAGAGGAGGUGUCUGUGUCGGUGAAGGCCUUCAUGACAGCCGACCUGCCCAAUGAGCUCAUCGAGCUGCUGGAGAAGAUUGUCCUGGACAACUCAGUCUUCAGCGAACACAGAAAUCUGCAAAACCUGUUGAUCCUGACGGCCAUUAAGGCUGACCAAACACGUGUCAUGGAGUAUAUCAACCGCCUGGACAACUACGAUGCUCCUGACAUCGCCAACAUUGCCAUCAGCAACCAGCUCUUCGAGGAGGCUUUCGCCAUCUUCAAGAAGUUUGAUGUCAAUACUUCAGCGAUACAGGUCCUGAUAGAGCACAUUGGUAACCUGGACCGGGCGUAUGAGUUUGCGGAGCAGUGUGGGGAGGCCGGGGUGUGGAGUCAGUUGGCGUGUGCCCAGCUGCAGAGGGAGCUGGUGAGGGACGCAAUCGACUCCUACAUCAGAGCCGAGGAGCCCAGCGCCUACAUGGAGGUGGUCAGCGCCGCCAGCCGGAACAAUAACUGGGAGGAACUGGUGAAGUAUCUGCAGAUGGCGAGGAAGAAGUCUCGGGAGUCUUACGUUGAGACUGAGCUCAUCUUUGCUCUGGCUAAGACC